AUGGCGCAAGGGCCGUCGUUUCGAUGUUUCGACGGGGAUGUUGACGAAUGGCAGGCGUUCCGGGAGCAGUUGGAGCAGUACUUUGUGGCCUGCGACGUCAAAGAAGAAGAGAAGAAGAAGGCAGUGCUCAUCAACCACUGUGAGCCGAAAACAUACAAGCUGCUUCGGGAUCUUUGCAUGCCGAAGGUGCCGUCAGCAAAAAAGUAUGACGAGCUGUGUGAUUUGUUCGCGAAGCACUUCACACCACCGGUGAUCGUCCACAAAGAACGUCGUCUUUUCUGGAGAGCCACAAGAGGAACCGACCCCCCCGAGAGCGUCAAUGCCUGGGCGGCACGAGUCAAAAAUCUGGCCUCCAACUGUAAGAUGGGGGACCACUUGCAGCACAGUUUGGUCGACAAAUUUGUGGACGGCUUGGAAGGAAAGGCGUACGAACGGAUCUGCGAAGAAGACGAGAAGCUGACCUUGGAGAAGGCGCUGGAGAUUGCCGUCAAGUACGAGCCGGAAGAACCCCGGCAGUCAUCGCUGUUCCAGUUCCAGCGCGGCAAGCAUCCGGCACAGCGCGGACGAUCCGUUCCAGAGCAGAAGACGGCCGGCACCGACGCGGGACGCUGCCUGGUGUGCAACAAGCCGGGACAUUUGGCUGACAGCUGUCGGUACAAGAACUACCAGUGCCGAAAGUGCCACGCGAAGGGACAUCUGCAAGCGGCUUGCCCGGUGAAGCGAAACUACUUCCUCGGGGAUCAGCGGGACGGAAGCGGCGUUGCUGAGGGUGCCUCAGACGCGAUCAACUUGGAGCAGAACUUCAUAAGUAAGUGGGAGUUCAACUCGAUACACUGGGUGGAGGAGAAGCUUGCGGUCGAUAGGCCAAUGACGCUAGGAGUUAGAGUAGGCAAACAGAACCACGUGAUGCAGUUAGACACCGGAGCAGCGAUAUCGGCGGUGUCUUUAGCCUACUACGACGAGAACCUGAGGGACUGUGUUUUGCGCCAAUCGUCGUUGAAAUUGAGUGGUUACGGCGGAGAAAACUUGGUAGUGAGAGGAGUGAUUGAGCCAGACCUGGUUUACGCGGGUGCACGCAAGAGAGUGGCCUUCGCAGUGAUCGAGAACGGUGGCCCGCCAUUGCUUGGCCGAAAUUUUGUUCGUGCUUUCAAUCUCGGUGUGUCGUCCCUCUACUCGGUUGAAGCGGAUGCGGAAAGCGUCGUGCAGUCUAUGGUCAGCAGCCAUGCAGAACUUUUCAGCGAAGGCUUGGGAACGUUCAAGUACGGCACCAUUAAGCUCGAGCUGGAGGAGGAUGCGAGGCCGAUUUUUCGGAAGCCAAGGACGGUGGCUUACAAGUUUGUGGACAAGGUAGCUGAAGAAUUAGACACCAUGGAAAGAGACGGCGUGAUUUCCAAGUGCGACCGGUCGAGUUGGGGAACCCCGUUGGUCCCGGUGAUCAAGGCAGAUGGGAGUAUCCGGUUGUGCGGGGACUACAAGACCACGGUGAAUAUGCACGUAAAGGAUGUCAUCCACCCUCUACCAACCGUGGAUGAAGUGUUCAGCAAGUUGAACGGGGGCAAAAGGUUCAGCAAGCUGGACCUGUCAAAGUGCUACAAUCAGUUCGUGCUAGACGAAGAAUCUCGGGAAGUAUGUGCAAUAUCCACGGGCAAAGGCGUGUACAAGAUGAAUAGGCUGCCGUUUGGGAUUCGUCCAGCAUCGGGAAUCGUGCAAAGGAUCAUCGAGCAGCUACUGUGUGGUAUUCCGGGUGUGCAGAAUUUCCUGGAUGAUGUGCUAGUUACGGGUAGAACCGACAGGGAGCACCUGGAGAACCUGGCGAAGGUGUUCGACGUGCUGGAGCAAGCGGGGCUGAAGUUGAACCUCAAGAAGUGCCAGUUUUUCAAGAAGGAGGUUACGUAUCUUGGACAUGUCAUCAGCGCCAACGGACUGUGCAAGACCGACGAGCGGGUCAAGGCUAUCCGGAUGACUAAGGAGCCGAAGAAUGUGCAAGAAGUCAGGGCAUUUGCUGGGUUGGUCAACCACUACUCCCGCUUCGUCAAGAACAUCGCUGACAUGAUGAGUCCUCUGUAUCGCCUACUGAAGAAGGGGACAAAGUUCGUGUGGUCCAGCGAAUGUCGCGAAGCGUUCGUAAAGGUCAAAGACGCAAUUUGCGAAGACGUCAUGCUGGCUCAUUUUGACCCGAAUGCAAAGUUGCUGCUUGUGUGCGAUGCGUCCAUGGAAGGCGUCGCCGCGGUCUUGGUGCAAAAGGCGGGAAAUGAGCCGGAGAGACCGGUAGCUUUUGCGUCGCGAGUGCUGCAUGCGGCGGAAAGAAACUACAGCGUUCUGGAUCGAGAAGGGUUGGCGAUAAUGUUUGGUCUGAACAAGUUUUUCCACUACCUGGUCGGGAACACCUUUACGAUCCGGACGGACCACAAGCCGCUGAUUUCGAUAUUGAACCCUCACAAAGGUAUUCCGGCGAUUGCAGCGAGCCGCAUGCAGCGAUGGGCGAACUUUUUGGGCGGAUUCAGCUACCGUAUCGAGCACGUCAACUCAGAGGGCAAUAUAGCAGACUACCCGUCUCGAGCUCCUUUUGAGUCGUGGACCUUGUGGAAGGAGGAUGACACCUACUUGAACUUCAUUAACACUGGUCAGGCCAAGGUGAUCAACGAUGACGUCGUCCGUGUCGAAAUUGGCAACGAUCCGGAGCUGGCGGGGCUUCGGGAGUGUUUGUUGAACGGGAGACGACCCAGUGACCCGAAGGCCAGUCCGUACCGAAAAGUGUUCAACGAGCUGUCGCUGGAGAAUGGACUGAUUAUGCGAGGAGUACAAGUCGUGGUGCCGACAGCGUUAAGGAAAGCAGUGUUGGAACAAGCUCACCGGUCACAUAUGGGAAUCGGAAAGUGCAAGACGGUGAUGCGAAGCUUUGUGUGGUGGCCAGGAGUCGACAAUGAUUUGGAGACACACGUUAAGAGCUGCAAGGCAUGUCUGGUGAACAGGCCAUCGCCAGAGAAAGCGAAGUUGAUUCCGUGGGAGGCACCAAAGUCAGUCUGGAGCAGGGUCCAUCUUGAUUUUGCGGGCCCUGUAAAAGGUUGGAGUUUCCUGAUCGUCGUGGAUGCCUUGUCAAAGUGGGUGGAAGUGUUCCCAACGCAGAAGUGCGACACGGAGUUUGUCCUUGAAAAGCUGGCUGAGUGUAUCGCUCGGUUUGGUCUGAUGCAUGAAAUCGUUAGUGACAACGGCACGCAAUUUACUUCUGCGAAGUUCCGGAGUUUUCUGGAGGCGAACGGCGUUCGGCUGGUUUUAACAAGUCCGGGGCAUCCUGCAACAAACGGUCAAGCGGAAAACUCGGUGAAAACAUUCAAGGCCUCCUUAUUGAAGUCGUUUGCGAGUGGAUCUACCAACGUCAAGGAAAUAGUGGCUAAUUUCUUGCUCGGGUAUAGAUCUGCGACCCAUUGCUCAACGGGAACUUCACCAGCCCAAUUGAUGCUUGGGAGACAACCGCGCUCAACAUUGGAUUUGUUGAGAAGCAACGAUCGGGGAGUUCCAAGUAAGGAGGUGAAAAAGGCCAGAGAAGCUAUUGUCGCACGGCAGUCCAGACAGGUUGACAACUACAAAGGAACACGGGAACAGCGGUUCAACCUAAACGAACGAGUUAUGGUGCGGGACUACACUAACCCCAACAAGGCCGCCUGGACACCGGCGGUCGUAACUGCCAUCGUGGGAAAACGGAAUUACGUGGUAAAGCUCAGCAGUGGACGGGAAAUCAAGAGGCACCUCAACCAAAUGCUAGCGGACACUACGGUCGCACCGGAGGGAGGAGAAGGUGGUAUCAAGCUAGGUGACAAGGCUAUGAGUGAUGUUCCCCCGAGGCCGAAGGAGCAGCCGGGUGUAACGGUGUAUCGGGCACCGUUCAAGCGGGUCGUGGAGCUGUUUGCAAACGAGGAACGGGUUGACCCAGUUUACGACGUGUCCGGUACAAGUCCCACUCCGGAGGAGGUAGAGCUUCAACCGGAGGUUCCUGCGGUGGCAGACACGGAGGAGCAGCGUGGCGAUUUGGCGUUGGUACCAACAGACGAAGAUGACGAGCACUUUGUAGAUGCUAGACUGAACGGGACAGAUAGUGAAGAUAGCGAUACAGGGCUUGAGUUGGCAGGGUUCGACAGAGGGAAAUGGAAAUUUCGUGAUGAUUUAGGUAGACUACUCCGGAAGUAA